AUGUACUACUUAGAUGAUCUGCACAAACAAGGAGUAGAAUUCUCAGACUUCUCCCUAGACUGGCUGCCAGAAUUUCCUCCAGAUUUCACGAAGAGGACACGAGAACCAUCUGAGAAGGCAAAGCAGCCGAAGAGAGAAAAGCUGGGAGAAUCUUCUGGAUCAAGACCUCUAGUACCUCUGGUUGGAUCCCAUGGUAAGUCUGUACCUCUCCCUCCUUCUGUAACAGUUAAACCUAUUGCUUCCUCAUUCCCUCAACCUUCGCCCAUAUACACUAACUCAGAAACUCCUCUCUCAACCUCCAGACCAUCUAACCAACCCUCUCAAAAAUUCAACCUGACCACCACAUCUCUACCUAUUUCGGAAGCAGAAAUGCUGAAUGAAACAACCUCACCCUCCUCCUCAUCAUCUCUAGAAUCACCACCUUACUACACACUUUCAUCUGACACUGAACCCUCUGACCCUCACUCCCCAACUCUGGCUCAGCUCCAACAUCGUGCUCUAGCCUCUCAACAGCCAACACAAUCUAUCCCUGAACCAGAAAUUACCUCUCUACCCAUAGAAAACCCAAACACAACCACAUCUGAGCAUCCACCAUCCAAACCAAUUCACUCUGAAUCACUACCACAAAACUUUGAAAUACCCCAAACAACUACAUCCGCUGACCUACAAACUCCCACACUUAACUUAAGCCCUCCCACUUCUCCACCCCAAGCCUCUGAACUUGAAAACACCCUUCUAACCCUUGAGGAAGCAAUAAAGGUGUUUCUAGAAGCUUCAGUUGACAAGGUCAAGUCUCGGACCAUCAACUUUGGCAUCAGUGAUGAUCCCUCCGCUGUAAGGACUCACUAG